CUCGCACACUAAGCCUUCAUACCUCUUGCUUGAUGGACAAAAGUAAAGGUCCUGCGCCAUCUGAGGAUAGCGAUUCCGAUAGAGAUGGUGAUAUCAACACACAAAGGAUCCCAACAUAUCAACGAUCUGUUUCUGCUGUGAGGAGGAGGAGGCUAUUCUAUGACUCAGAUAAGGAUGAUGAACCAGAGGAGAAUGUGGAUGUUCAAGACACAUCGACAUAUAACAGCUGGGGAAAGUCUGAGGAGUCCCAACACGCAAUGAUGAUUGACUAUAUCAGCGACCCGAUACUGUUCGCAAGAGACGCACCUCCGGUCUACCCUAUGGCCCAUCAUAUUGCAUGUGCGGUACAUCUAUGGCGUAAUCGCCUAGCAAAUAUUGUGAAAGAUGCUGCUCGUGCCUACACUAUUAGUGAGUUCAAUAAA